AUGCAACCUCAGGCUUCCAUCCAGUUGCAUGGAUUCUGCGAUGCUAGCAUAGCGGCUUAUGGAGCGUGUUUAUACUUGCGGUCGGAGGCCAAUGGAGAAGCAAAGGUCCAUUUGCUCUGCGCCAAGUCGAGAGUGGCCCCUUUAAAGGCUUUGACAAUUCCAAGAUUGGAGUUGUCGGCAGCGCUUUUAUUGGCGGAGCUUAUCGUAAGCGUCAAGGAAACCAUCGAUUUCGAAUGCGACUUUCAUUGCUGGUCAGACUCGUCUAUCGUACUGGCGUGGAUUCGGCAGCCUCCGAGGGAUUUCAACGUAUUUGUAUCCAACAGAAUCGCGAAAAUUCAGGAGAUGACAAAAGGCAUGACUUGGCACCAUGUUCCAACAAGCUUAAAUCCGGCGGAUGUCGUAUCGCGAGGCUGUACCCCGAGAGAAUUGCUGGAGCACUCCCUGUGGGCUAACGGGCCUCCAUUCCUGCUGCAAAGCUCGUCAAAAUGGCCCUCUCUUCCAAAUGCAGUUAAGGAUCUUCCAGAACGUCGUUCCGCAGCGCUAGUUGGAACUGUUUGCACUGACAUUUCGAUCAACUGCAAAUUCCUUAACUCUUUUCAUAAGUUGCAGCGUGUAUUUGCGUACAUUUAUCGGUUCAUUUCGAAUUGCAGAGCAAAAUCUUCACCUUCAAGGAACAGUGUUACCGUUGAGGAGCUCAAUUCGGGGACCGUACUUCUUCUGAGGAGCAUCCAACAGGUUCACUUAGCCAAGGAGUAUGGAUGUCUUAGCCAGGACAGGCCGUGUCCACAGAAGAGCAAGCUGAUUUCGCUGAGACCAAUAAUCGGCUCCGAUGGAUUACUUCGCGUUGGUGGAAGACUUCAGAAUGCAAACCUGGACUACGAUACUCAGCAUCCGAUAUUGUUACCCUAG